AUGGCGAGACACCGCGUCAGCGCCCCGGCGCAGCAGCCAGUCCUCAAGGGAACCUUCUAUGACCCGGUGUCGAUUGAAUACGCCGUGGGAAAUCAGUCUAGUCGCAAACCCGAGCCAGCUGGGCGUCCAAAUAUGGCAAGUGACGGCAAGACAAACGAGCAGAAUCCGUCAAUCGCAAGGAGCAUGUCUCGGUACCGUCGCAAUCGGCGCCCUACCACCAGUGGCGAUGCCUCGACGCCAACACCCGCUGUCCCAGAUCGCGCUCGCAACCAGCCCGUUCCUCCGGUCCCUGAUGUGACCUCGCAAACACCGGCGGCGGAAGAACAUGUAAGGGAACAACAUCGACUGGACGCGAUGGCGCAGUUGACUGGCGGAGAUCAAUCGUCACGUCCUGCCGUCUCGCGAUAUGAAAAACAGGAAAAACAACCGCAGGCAAAGACCAAAGCGCAACCUGUGCCAACGCAUCAACAGACUAGCCGAGUCGACACCCGCAGUCACCACGACGCACGUCCCGCGAGCGGUGACAACCGCAAGUCCUUGCUACAGAAGAUGAAAUUGUCCAAGAGCAGCAAGACACCACUCCCAAAUGAGCCCUGGGUGGAGGGGGGGAUUGUUCCUGGGACUGACGCUCCGGUCUCGGCUGUCAACGCCGGAGAGCGCCAAGUACUUGUGCAGUAUAGUGACGUUUCGAACCAUCUAGUGGUGACACCGUCUACACGGGUCAAUGAUCUUCUCCAGACCGCCGUUCGCGAGCUAUCUCGCGAUAUCGACCCUGAGAAAUUCAUCUGCAUUGAGUCCUUCCAUCAAGUUGGGUUGGAACGAUCUUUACGUCGGUAUGAGCGUGUGCGGGAUAUCAUGAACUCUUGGGCUCAUGAUGCCGACAACCGCCUCGUCAUCGUCCCCCCCCUCGAGCAUGGAAGCUCUGGCCCAACUGGAAUCCCAUCAAGUCCCCGCCGAAAAACCCGCCGAAACGACCUAUCUGCCAUUUGUCCGACUUUGACAUCUACUGCCCCAGUGCCCGUGCAAUGGCCAAAGAGAUCAAGCCCCCCUAAGAAGAUCUGCUUCGCGAUUAAAAGUCAACAGAAAUCCUCCAUGUUCCUUUCAACAGAAAAGUUUGUUCAUUUCUUCAGCAGCAAUGACCGCGCCACUGCCGACAAGUGGUUUCGAGUUGUCCAGCGCUGGCGAAGUUGGUACUUGGUGAAUCAGCUAGGUGCCGCGGAACAGACCGAAAGCGAGGCAACCUUGCCAAAGCGAUCCCUUACCCAGAAAGGAUCACAAAGGCACCGAAAGGCGGCUAAUGAUGUGCCGGUACCAUUAUUGGAUCUCACUGACCCUGAGCCAACAAGGCCCACCGGCAACUCCAUCGAUCGCCCCCGGCCAUCGACCUCGAAGGACAUCGUCUCUCGCAAGAAGACGGUGCGCGAGCAUGCAUCGCCGCCCCCAUCAUUCCCCCAGACGCUGUCACUCGACACUGGCGCUGCUGGGCAAGCAGAUGACGGCCCACUCGUGCAGGGCGUGCGACCUGACGAAGUUGAAGCAGCGACUUUCUCUCCCACUGGCUUACUAGGCCGCUCGUAUACCCAGCGAAAACAAGCGUUAAAUGAGCGCGAAGAACGAGAAAAGCGAGCGAACCAAGAGCUAUUUGCGGCCCAGUCUUUUCUAACCGAGAACCAUACCUACUCUCCCUCUGAUACGAUUCAUCAGCAGAGCGGUCGUACCACCACAAUGACUGGCACGGCACCACCAGGCCUCAGCCGGAAUAAGUCUGUCAGCCAGAAACAACAACAACAAAAACCUUUAAUCGACUUGACCCCAGUCUUCCAAGAGCCACCGCAACACACGCGGAAAGGCCGUGGCGUCAAGGUUGGCGCAGGCACACAACUGAUCGACGCCGCCACCGGCCCUGAAUUGGCCGUAGGCACCGUGAAUAUCCCACCCGCCACAGCCUGGCGUCGUCCCACGAAUGAAUUACCCACACAAAGUCGAUACCGCUCGAACACAGCCCGCAGUGUCCGACACGGAACAGAGCCCAAGCCAUCCAAUUCUGGCUCCGCACACGCCAGCCCAGCCUCACCAAGCAACCCAUUCGUAUCGAAUACCUUGCUCGCUAAUUCUGCCUCUCGUCAAGCGAGCAGUACCCAUACCAAACCCUAUACUGGCCACGGUGUGGCAACCGGAGACCGAAACGCCACCCGUCCAAUGCUCGAUAUGUCACCCGAAAAUCCCUUCGCGGAGGGCAGUCUCCUGCGACAGCUUUGA